AUGGUGCGGGGAAUAGCUUUUGGAAGAGAUGGUGCUUUUGCCACUGUAAGUACUUAUGCUGUGAUGCCUUUUCUCCUCGUUCGAACUUGCACUUACGCUACUAUUACUACCAGCAAAAGCAUAACAGCACCAUUCACACCUCACCUUCGUCAAAUUGUGAAGGAGCAUUGCAAAUCUGGCAUUGCUGGCAGUAUUGAUGAUGCCAUAGGGUUGUUCUGUCGCACGGUUUGGAUGAAACCCUCGCCUUCCAUUGUCGAAUAUAAUCAAUUGUUGGGUUUGAUUGUGAGAAUGAAACAUAAUCCGACUGCAAUUUCCGUAAUUAAUCAAAUGGAUUCUGUAGGAGUUACGCCCAACAUGAAUAGUCUGAAUAUCCUCACAAAUUGUUUUUGCAACUUGAAUCGAGUGGAUUUUGGUUUCUCUGUUUUAGGAAAAAUUUUGAAGCUCGGUUUGGGGCCAAACACCGCCACUUUGAAUACUCUUAUCAAGGGCCUUUGUUUUGGGGGUGAAGUUGCUCAGGCCGCAUGGUUAUUUAACCUAAUGAUGGAGGACGGUUAUCAAUUGGAUGUGUUUACUUAUUCGACGAUGAUAAAUGGGUUAUGUAAGAUUGGGGAAAAUAGUGCAGCCCUUGAGUUGCUAAGGAAGAUGGAAGAAAUAGGUUGCGUGCCAACUGUAGUAGCAUAUAGCCCAAUCAUUGAUAGGCUCUGCAAGGACAUGCUAGUAAAUGAGGCUUUCAGCCUCUUCUUAGAAAUGAUUGGUAAAAACAUUACUCCAAAUGUUGUCACCUACAGCUCAUUAAUCCGUGGCUACUGUAGUUUAUGUCAGUGGAAAGAAGUUACUAGCUUGUUGAAUGAAAUGAUAGAUAAAGAAAUCACCCCAAAUCUGUAUACCUUAAGCAUAUUGGUUGAUAACCUUUGUAAAGAGGGGAUGGCUGCUCAAGCACAGGAUGUUGUGGAAUUGAUGAUUGGAAGAGGUCUAGAGCCUAAUACUAUAACUUACAAUGCCCUUAUGGAUGGAUUUGUUUUGCAAGGCCAAAUGAACAUGGCAUUGGAUAUAUUUGAUGUGAUGGUUGGCAGAGGUUGUUUGCCUACUGUUUAUAGUCAUAACAUCUUGAUCCAUGGAUUUUGCAAGAGUAAAAGAAUGGAGGAAGCCAUGAAGCUCUUUGAAGAAAUGUCUCAAAAUGGAUUGAUUCCUGACAUUGUGACUUUCACAACUCUUAUAAGCGGCCAAUUUGAGGUGGGCAGGCCGCAGGAUGCACAGAUGCUUCUAGAUAAGAUGCAAGCUCAUGGCCAAACUCCUGAUAUUGUGAUGUACUCAACCUUGGCGGAUGGUCUAUUCAAAAGCAAAUACUUUGAUGUGGCGAUGGCCUAG